AUGGCCGAGGUGUGUGCCAGGGCCGUGGUGGUCGUGGUGAUGGUGAUGGGGGCGGCGGUGGGCUGUGAGUCAGCAAGGGAGGUUGGCGUGGUGAGGUUCCAGACAAGCGACGUGGCCACCACCGAGUCUAUGCUGGACACGGGCCUGGGUCGCAUUCCAGCCCUCAGACAGGUGACACUGUUGGUCCACCUCAGGCUGCAUCGCGUCACCUCCCACAUCCCGCUGCUCAACUAUGCCGUGGAGGGCACUAACGAGGAGCUUUUCGUGGAGCUGGUGCCUAAGAAGAAGGACAUGCACGUACAGUGUUGCGGCGGGCUCGUCUCCCAGGCGCUCAGGUUCAAGCUCAAGAUGUUCCGCUGGCAGCACAUAUGUGUGUCGCUCAACCUGGACACCCGUGUGUUGCACGUCAUCUACGACGACCUGGAGUACCGGCGUCACCUCUCAAUGCCUGAUGUGGACCCUGGGGCGCGGCUGGAGGUGCGCGGCGGCGGCCGUCUGGUGGUGGGCCAGAAGCUAUACUCCCUGGCCGGGGACUUCAUCGUGCUGGAAACCCUGGACGGCGAGGUGGGUGACUGGCGGCUGUACGACAUAGCCCUGGAGCCGGCCCAGAUGAAGGAGCUGCUCGCUUGCCGCGACGUGAAUGACCUGCGGACUCCGAUGAUCGACCUGUGGAGCGGCCACUUCAAGGUGCUGGGCCCCACCGCCAGGCGCAACAUAACGCUGGCCGAGAUCUGCAGCGACAGGGUCUCGGGCUUCUACUUAUUCUUCCCGCAGAAGACGGCGUUCAGCAAUGCGUUCUCUUGGUGCCGCAAGCUCAAGGGUAACCUCAUCCUGCCGCAGGAAAACGUCACCAACGCCUAUUUCUUUGAACGCUUCGUCAGUUACAAGGACGAAUGUGACGACAUCUGGACGCACCUCUUCUGGAUCGGCUCCAGCGGGAACCUGACGAGCCGCGAGUGGGAGAGACUGACGGACGGCGAGCUCGUCACGUGGCACCCCUUCUUGAGGGAGUACCGCACCGUCACGCCGGAGUUCCAGUGCAUCGCCGUAGUCACCCGACCCUACAAGUGGGCGGCGUGCCCCUGCGACAUCGAAACGUGUGUCCUCUGCAACUUUACCACCCACCCAGAAAUGCGGCUGCGCGGCCUCUGCAGGGACUCCUCCUUCGACAGGCGCUUCUCCUUCCGCGAUAACCGGGACUACAAUCUGAUCUUUGACGGUCUGGCCCACGUGAUGAUGAAGGAGCAGAACGGCACGUGGAUCAUGCGGAGCCGCCUCUACCCAACCCUGAGGGCCCGCAUGGUGUCCCAGUGGGUGGGGCAGUACCCUGUGGGCGUCCACACGUGGCUCAUCGAGGGUGACAGAUGCCACCAGAAGGAGGUUGAACUGCUGCUGACGUCUUGCCACAACGACGAGUACACGUGUAACGAUGGGUCCUGCAUCGAAAAGAGCCGCCGCUGUGACCUGAGCGUGGACUGUGACGACCAGAGCGACGAGAUGGACUGCUCGGUGGUGGUGGUACCCGAGGGAUACCCCGAACAGCUGCCGCCGCCCACCUACAAGAGCACGCCGCUGCCCAUCCUCUUCGCCCUCAACAUCACUUCGGUGAGGAAGUUCAGCUUGGCGUCCUUCACCAUCGAAAUCGACGUGUACAUAAGGACGCAGUGGAGGGACCGCCGCCUCAAGUACAAAAACCUGCUGGCGAACUUAAAGGCCAACAAGCUGCAGGAGUGGACCGAGGUGUGGACGCCGCGCCUGGAGAUGGAGGACGGCACUCAGAGUGCCGUGGAGGUCAAGACACACUCCCAGGCCGCCUACGUGGAGCGAACCUCUCGGCCGCUGCCCGACGAUGACACCACCAUCAGGGAAGACGUGACGUACAGCGGCGAGGCCAACAUGCUGGUGUUCCUGGACGAGACGACGCUCACCUUCAAGUGUCACUUCGAGCUCCAGAUGUACCCGUUCGACCGUCAGCACUGCUUCAUGGUCUUCAGGAUCAAGGACAUGAAGGAGAAACUCGGCGUCCUGGUGCAGGACGGGCCGGGGGUCACGUUCAAGGGAUCCAGGUACCUGCUGGAGUACACCCUCGUCAAGGAAUCAUUCAGCAACUUCUCCUACCAAGAGACCAGUCAAAUACAGAUCCACUUUGAGUUCCGCAACCAGUACGGCUACUACAUUGGCAAUACUAUCCUGCCCAGCCUCAUGCAGGUGAUCAUCUCGGUGGUAACACUGCGCUUCGAUCUGGCGGACUUCCAGGACCGCAUCAUGGUGUCCCUGACGUCCCUCCUCGUGCUGGCGACCUACUUUACGCAGACCAGUCAGACCAUCCCCAAGACCUCCUACCUCAAGCUGAUUGACGUGUGGUUCGUGGCUCUCAUCACGCUGGACUUCGGCGUCAUCCUGUCCCUGGUCUACGUGGAGACGUUGAGGAUCAAGGAGAGGGAGAGGGAGGGCGUCGUCAAGGCCUUCAGAGUCUCUCCCGCUGGUGAAGUCGCCAGGAUGGGUGGGAGGCGCUUCACGGCUUCAUAUUCUUGCUCCUCGCUGCGAGCCCUGCUCUCGUCCCGCCUCCCGUCCUGCCCUGCCGAGACGAACGUUUUCUUCAUCAAGUUUUUCUCCAUGACGAUGGUGCUCAUGCUGGUCUGCUUCGUGUCCACUUGUAUCUAUGGGAUGUACAUGGAUGACUAA